AUGAAGAGUCCAAGACUCAGAUACAGACUGUUACACUGUCCAGUUUGUCUGAAACAAAACAGGACGCCCUCAAGCUCUUCGUUCCAGCAAUACGAGGUCACUGAUGUUGGGCGAGGCAACAAGCUUGAUACGUACUGCAAUUUAGAUUUGGCUUCACUAGAAAAGAUACAAGCCACUUCUGGUUCGGAAAUAUGCGCGGCUCAACGAAAUGCUUCUGCUAGUAAUUCUACUUUUUCUUGGAAUCACAACCGGUACAGCGAUAUCAAUGGGUCGUUUUACGAAGAUCACAAAAUAAGUACAGCUUCCGUGAACUUGAACGAUCUGGCCAACCAAGCCCCAUUUACAGAUGACGUCCUCAACAGCAAUGACGUUCAACAAAACUUAAGUUUACGGUUUAACAGCUGCAAUGAAGAAAAUGCAUUACCGACGACGUCCUCGAUCAAACCAUCUCGCUGCGUUUGUCAGAAACCGUGUGAGUCAUACGACGUAGUUUUAGCCCCGUGUACGUAUAUGCAGACUGAUGCGUCUCUUGACACCGGUUUUACCAAUAGCUGUGGUCGACACCAUCCCUUGGCUGGACGUAAAAAAAUACGCACUGACGAAAAACGAUUUCCUUGUGAUCAGUGUCCAGAAAGGUUUAUAUCGUUAUAUAAAUUGAAAAGGCAUAAAAGAAUACAUACCGGAGAAAAACCAUUUUCUUGUGAACAGUGUCCAAAAAUGUUUAGAUCGCAAGCUUCCUUGAAUUGCCAUAAAAAAAUACAUACCAGAGAAAAACCAUUUUCUUGUGAACAGUGUCCAAAAAUGUUUAGAUGGCCAAGUUCCUUGAGUUGCCAUAAAAAAAUACAUACCAGAGAAAAACCAUUUUCUUGUGAACAGUGUCCAAAAAUGUUUAGAUGGCCAAGUUCCUUGAGUUGCCAUAAAAAAAUACAUAACGGAGAAAAACUAUUUUCUUGUGAUCAGUGUCCAAAAAUGUUUACAUGGCCAACUUCCUUGAGUAACCAUAAAAGAACACAUACUGGAGACCGACUAUUUUCUCGUAAUCAGUGUCCAAAAAGGGCUUAGCGUUUCAUCUUCUUUGGUAAUGCAUAAAAGCAUUAACACUAGCAAAAAACAAUUCACUAGUAAUUCACAAUGUAAAGAUUUUUAAUUAAUUUCGUUAAAAAUACACAAGCUCAAAUAUCUGCGAGACACUGUUCGUGUAUCACCAGUAUGGUAAACUAAUGCAUUCAGUCACUGAAUGACAUCAGCGACCAUUGGCUUUGACAAUAACGAUGUUGAUCUCCAUUAAUCGCAGGGGAAGAACACCGACGAUAGGUAGUAACACUGCCAUGAUAUAUUGGUUUCGCCUAUAUUUGACUAAGAAAUUUUUAUCGUGAUAUCGCCAACAUUUUAAACCUAUUUCAUUAAAGGCUUCAGCAAAAGUAAAUCUACUUGCCGAACACUUGGAUAACCCUCCUCUUCCUUUACGUACCUCUCGGCAGCUGAAGUAAGCCUUCGAAUAAUCUCCAUUUAAGUACUGUUUUCUCUGUAAACUGUAAAGAGAUUUUAAGGUUGUUCAGGCGCCCGAAUUUGAAAUGCAAUUACACUUCUGAGCCAGAGCGGCCUACUUUAAAACAAAUGAUUUUUUUAAACGAGCUGCCUAAUUUACUUGGGCAAGUAUAGCCACGACUGCCUAUGGGAUAUGUCGUAAGACUAAUGUUUUAUAUUCAAACUUGUAUUCCAUUGCUUUGUAGGCUGUAAAAACAGUUACUAACUAACAUUUUAUAUAUAUCCGAUAUAGUAGAUCAUGGUCGGUUACGAUCAAGGAUGAAAUACCUAGGUAUUUAUCAGAUUAUCCUAACAUGAUUCCGCUCCUAUUUAUCAAGUCUGAGUUGAAAACACAGCAAAUCUGUCUUGAGAAAAGCUACGUUCUUUGCUCUUGUUUAUUUCAAACAUCAAUUGACGCUUACCACAGGAUGGAAGACACGUUAAAUACGGUGACGAUUUUAAACUUUACUGUGCAAUUACUAAUUA